GCGGCGGCCAUGGCGGGAGCGGCGCGGCGGGGCGGCCCCGGGACCGGGACCCGGCCCCGGCCCCGGCCCCGGCCACGGCCACUGGCGGUGCUGCUGGUGCUCGGGGCGGCGGCCGUGUCACUGGUGGGAGCCCAGGUCACCUCCGAGAUCAGAGAAGUGCCUGAAAACAAGCCCGCCGAAAUCCCCUGCUCGGCGUACCCCUUCGGCUGGAGCAACACCCGCAUCGAGUGGAAGUUCCAGAAGGGCUCCUCGCUGGUCCUGCUCUACUACGAGGGAGAGCUGACCGAGCCGUACAAGAGCCGGGUCCGGUUCUCGCCCACCAGCAUCCAGUUCGGCACAGUGACGCGGGAGGACACGGGGAGGUACAUCUGCGAGGUGGUGGGGGACGGCAGCCAGAUCGCCAAGUCCGAGGUGAACCUCAUCGUCCAAGUUCCCCCCUCCAAGCCGGCGGCCCACGUCCCCUCCUCGGCCACCAUCGGCAGCAAGGCCGUGCUGCGCUGCACCGAGACCGACGGCUCGCCGCCCCCCACCUUCCGCUGGUACCGGGACAGCAUGCUGAUGCCCGCCGACCCCAAAAGCAGCCCGACCUUCCGGAACUCCUCCUACACCCUGGACCCCUCCACGGGGGAGCUGAUCUUCGAGCCCCUGAGCGGCUUCGACACCGGCGACUACUACUGCGAGGCGACCAACGGCGUGGGGUCCCCCCAGAAAUCGGACGUCAGCCGCAUGGAAGCCAGCGAAGUCAACGUGGGCGGCAUCGUGGCCGCGGUGGUGGUGCUGCUGAUGGUGCUGGCGCUCGCGGCCUUCGGCGUCUGGUUCGCCUACAGCCGGGGCUUCUUCAGCAAGAAAAAAGACAGCGCCGGCAAGAAGGUGAUUUACAGCCAGCCCUCGCACCGCAGCGAGGGAGAGUUCAAGCAGACGUCCUCCUUCCUGGUGUGAAGCUCCUCCCGCGCCACCAGCUCUUGUAAAUGUUCCGAAUUACUGUAGCUACGCCGUGAUUUUAACUAUUAUUUUUUUUAAGUCUCACCCAGUGCCUUUGCAGCCUCCUCAGGUGUUCUCGGGGGGGGGGGGAGGUCCUGUCCCCCACCUUGUCCCCUCCCCAGCAGGGCCCAAGGCCCGGCUGUGCCCCCACGCAGGGACCGCUGCCCUUUGGGGACGUCCCUGUGUCCCCGAGCCGUGGGGGGGGUUUCUCGGCCAUGUCCUUGGGGGGGCUGGGUCUGUGGUGGGGGCUGGCGUAACCCCACAUCCCCCCACCUGUCCUAGGGGGGGGGGUGGGAGCGCAUCUCCCCAGUGCCACCCCCAGCUGCCCCCUGGUCCCGGUCGGGGGGCUGGACUGAGCCCGCGGGUAACGGCUGCGGGUGGCUGCUGCUGGAAAUAAAUAAACCUGUGUCCUUGUA